GUUGACAGUUCGCGACGCGAGGUUAAAGUUACACUCGGGGGGCCGUCCAAUUCAAGCUUCAAAAUGAUGAGCAGAUCCCCAACAGCAAUUUUGGUGCUACUCUGCUGUACCCUGGCCCUCUGCCAAGCCAUUCAGGAGCUGCGGGAUGUGCCAACGAAUAGGAUUGCUGCUCCGGGCGAAGCUCAGUACUAUCUGAUGGCCGAUGCUGGCUCCUCGGUGGGUCCCAAUGAUGCACUGAAGCGCACAAAUCGAUCGCUGCUCAAAUGGUGGGAUGAUCUCUUUAGGCAGAAUAAUUGCAACAGUUGCAACAACAAUUAUAACAACAACAACAAUGCUGUGUAUCCAGCUGUGGCGCCUGUUGUUCAACCUCAAACCAAUUGCUAUGGCAACGGCCUGCAGCUGCAGGACUUGGAUCCGUUUAAGCAAAUGAAAUUGUUCAAGAAGAUGCCAGAUCUGUUUGGCAAUCCGCUUGGCAACUGUGGCGGACUGUGCGGUGGCAACUGUGGACAGCAGCCGCAGGUUAAUUAUUUGGCACCUUCUCCGACCCCUGGCUAUGGCGGGGAUGAUGGCUAUGCCAAGCCGAAUGCCGAGUAUAAUGGUCCUGGCGAUGGCGAUGCGGGCUAUGUGGCUCCAGUGGUGGCUCCUGCCGGCAGUUAUGAUGCUCCUGCGGUGCCUCCUGCCAGCUAUGAGGCGCCAGCGCCAAGCUAUGAGGCUCCAGCUCCUAACUACGAGGCGCCUGCUCCUAGCUAUGAAGCUCCUGAAGCUCCUCCUUCCAGCUAUGACGCGCCUGCUCCCGUUUACGAUGCACCAGCUCCUCCUGCAGCCAGCUACGAACAGCCAGCUGCCACACCCGAUAGCUACAGCAAAGUGUCAGACUAUUCCCCGCCUGCCAGCAGCUAUAAUGCCGAUCAGCCACCGCAGAUUGUCUAUCAGCCCAUUAUCUAUGUGUCUGCCCCACCAGCAUCCAGGACAGAGGUUGCCACAAAGGUGCAGGUGGAUGAGCAGAGCUACAACAGUCAGCCCUCGUCUCCGGUCUAUGAAGCGCCAACACCGCAAGCGUCUCCGGUCUAUGAAGCGCCAACGCCGCCAGCUCCUCCGGUGUAUGAGGUGCCAACGCCUGUAAUGCCGCCCUCAUACGCAACACCACCACCCUCGGCCACGCCCUGCGGCAGCUAUCUCCCAAUUUGGGGAGUGCCUGUCUAUAACUAUGGGGCGCAACCAGCGGCACCUCCACCAGCACCUGCCUAUGCUCCUGCUCCUCCGAUCUACGCCCCAGCACCAGUCGCUCCUCAGGCUUACGCGCCUCCUCCGGUCUAUGCUGCACCUGCCCCUCAAUCACCUGGCUAUGCCACGCCCAGCUGUGAGACGCCCAUACGACUCUCGCUCAUCGAUCAACCGUAUCGCGUGGCCCCCGAACUCUUUGAGGAGUACAACUAUCGGCUGGGUUUGGCCGCACAGAAUCGAUUAUAGUCCCAUAGAUCUUUAUACGCUGACAAUUCCUGUAAAUAAAAUGCAUCUAACGGUUUGUGGAAUGA